CCCUUCUCCCUUACCGACCGCCAUAUUGUUGUGCGAGACUUCGUGUGUGCACUGCACGUAUUCCGGUUCCUCACCGACUUUGCUAACCAGCGCGUGUCGCCCUGCGUAACGACGCUUUUUUCGCGGACGGUGUCUCGGUAAAUCGGCAAACAUUUCGCGCAAAGGCAGCAUGAAGAAGAUCAAGGAUUAUUCAGACGAGGACGAUUACGAGGUGGACGAUCCGGACUAUCCGGAGGUCGAGGGCGCCUCCGAGGAGGAGUGGACUCCAGAGCCCGGGACCGAGGCUGGCACUAAAGUAAGGCCACAGAGAGGAACGGCAAAAAAGCGACAGCAUUCUGAGGAGGAGGACGAGGAAGAAGAGGAUGAGGAGGAAGAGGAUGAAUUCGAGGAAGAUGAAGAAUCUGAUUCUGAUGGAGGGAAAAAGUCAAAGAGGAAAAAACGCUCUAAGAAAGAGGAUGAUGAAAAGGAGGAAGAGGAGGAGGAAGAUUCUGAUGACAACAGUUACAAUGAAUCUGGAGAGACUCCAAAAGAAUACACAUCUGGUUCCUUUGUACUUGCAAAAGCUGACCUUGAAUCCAAUAAGAAUAAAGAAGAUAAUUUAUCUAGUAAGGGUAAGUCUGAUGUGGAAACGAGCACUUACCCAACCUUGUGGAGGAUAGAUGGAAAAGCAUUGCUCCAAAAGUUUCUACCUUUCGAGGAAGAUGGGAAAGUACUGUACAAAAGCACAACGACGUAUUCUGGAUGGCAACAAAGUAACAAAGACAAUUACAUUGCGGUCCAGGUGUCCUUCAAAGUGCAAAGUAGACAAGAGACAAUUGUUGAACUUCAUUUUGAUCCAUCGCAACCACAAGAAGUAAAGGAUGAUAAAGAAGACUAAAUUAGAUUGUGUUUACCCUCUUAUUUGUUUAUACGUUUUAAGAAAACAUAAGUUGUAAGGAAAGAUCAGAAAGAAACAUCCACAUCUACAUGUACACAUUCACGAACAUUUACAAUUUACACAUACACAUGGAUGAAGUUUAUGACAUGGUACUGUGUAGCAGGUUCAUAUUUAAAAUAUAAGAUUGGAUGGACCAUGGCUCUGAAUUUAUUACUGAGGGGUUAGCUUUAGCUAAUAAUUAAUAUCUCUGAACAGAAUAUACGUGUGAGCUUCAAUUACCAAGAAAGCUACUCGUAAGCAUGUGUCGUAUUUACGGAGUUUAGUAAAUGCAAUACCCAAUGAUUUGAUAAUUUUGUGUCAUCGACAGAAAUUCAAUGUUACCUAGCGUAAAGGAUACAUGUUGAAUGUUCGAUUACUUUUUUUAUGAUGUCACUGUUGGUCUGUUUAAACUAUUUUGCAGAUGCAGCGUUUGCAGAUUGGCCUUGUAACCUAUGUAGCUAUUUCAAGCGCGCCCUUAGUCAGAAAUAAAUGGGAACUAUCAUGUUUCAUAUUAUAGCCAAAAAAACAGUUUCAAGUUCGAUAUGAAUAUACAAAAUGCAAAUUGAGUCUCGUAAAUUACAUUGAUUAUAAAUGUGGCAAAUAUUUAUAAAUACGACUAUAAUAUAUAUAAUAUAUAUAUCUCUUCUUUCAAUCAGACCUAGAAUUAGAAAAAAAUGUUAACUAAUAUACAAAAGAUAUAAAAAAUAAAAAGCUAUAGAAAGCAUUUCUUACGGUUCUCACUAACUGCUAUGGGCGACGCUAGUUCUUGUGUGUCGCUUAAUCAUAAAAUGUAACAAAAAUUAGCAACUUCCAGAGUAACUUGCAUUUAUGUUUUAUCGAACUUGUAAAGAGAAUUAGUUGUAUAAAGUUAACUUAUAUUAUUUUUAUUGAUCAUAUUUUGUUUUCGUUAUUAAAAAUAGUUCGAUCUCAAAAUCUGUCUGUCUGUCUGUCUACAAAAUUGUGUUACUUCGCAUGUUGAUAAAAAAAAACGAUAUAGUUUCGCGAUUAUUUGUGACAAGUAAAAGCACAUUUGAAAUAGAUACCUGAAUAUUUUGUAGUAUAAGCAUUUUGUUUCUAUACAAAAGUAUUGUAAUUUAGUAGCGUGUUUAGCUGAUAAAUGCGAGUUAUGGUUAAUACACAUAAAAAAAAAUACGAAACUCAAUUGUGGUAAAUAUUUAUUGAGUUCUCCCACAAUUGUACAUUGUACCUUAAUACUACAAUGCAUCUAUUCUGUUUAUAUAAUUACUUUCUUGUGUACUUUAUAUAAGUAAUACAUAUAUUUAGUAGAAUUUCAUUAUUUGAUAAGAUUGUAAGAAAUCAGAAAAUAUAUCAUAGACUGAUUUAUCAUGUAAAAUGUGGAUGUUUAUUAUGGAAAAUUUAUUGUGUAAAUGUUAACAAAGUUUUUGAUUUAUAUUGGACCAUUUGUUGAUAAUUUUACAUUUCUGCGCAAACUAUGUGGUUUUUUAAAUAUGACAAAAUAAAAUACAUUUUUUUUAUUAAUCGACGAUGUUAUGACUUAAAAAAAAUUAAAUUCGUAUUUAGUAAUAUUAAACUUCCAAUUGAUGUUAGCAUUUUUCCAAUCGAUGUAAGCAAAUUAAAUAAAAAAAAUGGACAAACUUA